AUGGAAUGCCAAAGGGUGACUGAGCAGAUUGCUUACCCUGUAUUCUAUGAUGUGGAUCCCUCUGAAGUCCGCAAACAACUUGGGCCUGUUGGAGAAGCUUUUGCCAGACAUAACAAUAAAGAGGAGGUCAGGAAGUGGAGAGAGGCACUGAAAGACGCAGCAUGUCUAGCUGGGUGGGAUUUGAGGAACACUGCUGAUGGGCAUGAAGCUAAACUCAUCAAUAAAAUAGUUGAAGAUAUUUCACUCGAAUUACGUCACAUUAAUUUGAAAAUUGAUGACAACUUAGUAGGCAUGGAGAGCCGGAUAAAGGAUAUUGUCUCAUCUUUGGAAAUGGGUGUUUGA